AUGGAUGACGGGAAUUCUUCCGAUGAGGAGGCUGCGGGUGGAAGAGAAGCCGAUGCUGCGGAACAAAGACUACAUAACAGACACUUAGAUGAUGCAGCAGAGUAUGAAGGCGAGGAAGAAGAUCGUGGCCAAGUUGAAAACGAUGACGAAGAUAAACAGAAUGAGAUUCAAGAAGAGAACGAGGACAGCGAGAGGGAGGAGGGUGAUGAAGACGAGGAUGCUGAAGCGCACAGGGAAGCGGCUAUUCAGGAGCGGAAGAAAAGCGCUGACGAACGGAUUAAAAUCAAGAGAUCAAUCAACAAAAAUGAUGUCAUUUUACAGUUUGUCAUAUCACAAUCGAAUCUCAUUGUUGACUACAAAGAGGUGGAAAAGUUCAUCGUCCAUCAAACACCUGGUAUAGAACGCUGUAUCGAAACAGAAGAGAUGGUGAACGAUGUGCCAACAAAGUUUUUACAAACACAGGGCAUCAAUCUU